GCAUACGUUUUGCUUUACAAAAGCUAACGUCUCCUCCUUUCCCUCCUCCCCCCACUCAAAAUUCAAGAAUUCAAUUCCCAAAUUAUCAAAACAAGCGUCACACAUUAUCACUUGGGGGGUCUCUUCCAUUUUCACCAAGAGUUCCAGUUUCUAAUUUUCUGUUGAUUACUGGUGAUCAAGAUUAUAGUAAGGUGUAAAUGCUUCAACAUGCAUAACCGCCAAAGUGAGAAGCCUUUGCAUAUGGAAACAACUUGUGGUUCUCUUCUGUCUGAGAUGCAGAGAAUAUGGGAUGAGAUGGGAGAGCCAGAGAUCGAAAGAGAUAAGAUGCUUUUUGAACUCCAACAAGAGUGUUUAGAGAUAUAUAAAAGAAAAGUGAAUCAGGCAAGUCGUUCUCGGGCUCAACUGCAGCAAACUGUUGCUAACUCUGAAGCAGAACUUGCAAAGAUAUGUGCAGCACUAGGAGAACAAUCAUCAUAUACUAGGCAGAGUUCCAGAAGUUUGAAUGAAGAGCUUAAGGCCAUUAAGCCUAAGUUAGAAGAGAUGAAGAAGAGAAAAAGAGAGAGGAUAGACCAAUUUGCAGCUGUUGUCGAUCAGAUACAGUGUAUCUCGAAAGAGCUCGGUGUACACUUCCAAGGGAAUACACAAAUGAGUGUCAUUGAUGAGAAUGAUUUGUCUGUCAGAAGACUUGAACAAAUGCAGAACUAUUUGAAUGCUUUGCAAAAAGAGAAGAGUGACCGCCUGAAGCUGGUGCUUGACCACUUGACAACUAUCAAUUCAUUAUGUGUGGUGCUUGGGGUUGAUUACAAACAAACUAUUGCUGAGAUUGAUCCAACCAUGGUCGACUUCAGUGUCUCGAAAAACAUAAGCAAAGAUAUGAUCGUUAAGUUGUCCGCAACAAUCAGCAGAUUGAAAGAGCUCAAGAAACAGAGAUUGCUUAGGCUUCAAGAUAUUGCUACUACCCUCGUAGAGCUGUGGAACUUGAUGGAUACACCGCUAGAGGAGCAACAACAAUUUCAUGAUUUUACAAGGCACAUAGCAGCUUCAGAAAAUAAAAUAAAUGAGCCUAACGUUCUGUCUGUGGACAGUCUUCAACAUGCAGAGGCCGAAGCGUCGAGGUUGCAGGAAAUGAAAUCAACAAAAAUGAAAGAGGUUCUUCUGAGAAAGAGGCUGGAUUUGGAGGAAAUCUGUAGGAAGGCACAUAUGGUUAUUGAGACUCAACAUUCAGUUGACUUUUCUGUUGACGCUAUAGAAUCUGGGGCAAAUGAUCCUUCAUAUCUGCUUGAGAAACUCGAGGUCCAGAUUUCCAAGGUUAAAGAGGAAGCUUGUAGUAGGAGAGAUAUUCUUGAAAAGGUUGAGAAGUGGUUGGCUGCAUGCGACGAGGAGUGCUGGCUGGAGGAAUAUAACAGGGAUGAAAACCGUUACCAUGGUGGAAGAGGUACACAUCGUAAUCUGAAGCGAGCUGAGAAAGCUCGGGUUCUUGUCAACAAAAUCCCUGCUAUGGUAGAGACAUUGAGAUCGAGAGCUAGUGCUUGGCAGAAAGAAAGGGGACAUGAGUUCUUGUAUGAUGGUGUAGCACUCCUUUCUAUGGUUGAGCAGUAUUGUGCUCUACAGCGGGAGAAGGAGCUUGAGCGUCAGAGGCAGAGGGACCAGAAGAAGCUUCAGGGACAGUUGAUGGUGGAGCAAGAAGCACUUUUUGGAUCAAUACCUAGUCCUUCAAAGAGUGCAAAGAAGAAUUUUAGACCAUCAAUGGGAGGUUUGACCAAUAAAAGACUUUCGCUCGGAGGAGCAAUGCUUCAAACCCCAUAUGCUGGUAAAGCUGCAGCAUCCUCUCAUUCCGGAAGACUGUCUAGCUCGUUGAAACAACAAACUCCCCAAAAUUCUCACCAAACUGGAAGGAGAGAUAGUUUCAUGGCACCAAAAAGGCAGCAAUCCUGCAAGGUAUCAAAUCCACCUAGAACUGAAUCAAAACAGACGAUGAAGCCCCUACCAGAUCCACGUAGAACUGAAUCAACACAGACAAGGAAGCCUUUAUCUCCCUUGUCAUCUAUGUUAUCAUCAAAUGCUAGCACCAUUAAUAUUCAGAAUCAGACCUUAAAGAGUGGGGAAGUCAAGGAAACACCGUCUUUGAACAAAACUCCGGUUAUGACUCCAACCAAGAUUGGCUCUGCUGUUGAAGACAGACUCAAGGAAACAUUGUCUUUGAACAGAACUCCAGUUAUGACUCCAACCAAGGUUGCCUCUGCUGUUGAAGACAGACUCAAGGAAACAAUGUCAUCGAACAAAACUCCAGUUAUGACUCCAACCAAGAUUGCCUCUGCUGUUGAAGGAUGUAUUACCCCAAAAACAAUGUCUAUUCCAAUGCCAGCAACUCCUUCUACAGUUUCCAUCGCAAUGCAGACUGCGAUGACCCCAGCCGCUCUUCAUGUUUCUGGUUGUGCUGAUGAUAUUGAGUACUCAUUCGAGGAGAGAAGAGCCGGUUACAAUCCAUUAUCACAUACCAAGGUCAUUAACAAAUGCUUGAUUUAGCAGUACUAGUAUCAGUAUAUUUUCUUGGGAUGAAUUCUUUUCUUUGCAUUGUUGCCGGCCAUAAAUGCAUUCUACUCAUCUGGUUUUAGGCAAUGGUUUUUCCACUUCUUUUUUUUUUGGUUGGUUUCUCUUUAGUCAUUUGUAUAGUGGUGCAAGAUGAGAAAUAGUGUUUACUUUGUUUUGA